AUGACUGAAGAAAAAGUUGCCAAUGAGAUUCAACUUGCUGUUAGAUCUACUGGAUUUUUAACCUAUUCUGAGGAAAGGAAACUUUUGAGAAGAGUUGAUUUGCGUUUGAUGCCACUCUUGAUUCUAUUAUACCUUUGCAAAAAUUUGGAUGUCAACAAUAUCAGCUAUGUCACAACAAUGAACAAAGGGACACAUCACAAUGUCUUAACAGAGCUCAAGAUGACUAAGGAUGAUUGGUCAUGGACAAGCACUAUAUACUUCAUCCCAUUUGUUAUAUUUGAAAUUCCUUCUACAAUCAUGAUGAAAAAAUCUACACCUAAAGUUCAUUUGUUUAGAAUUGCUUUUCUAUGGGGUGCUGUCACUGCUUGUCAAGCUGCCGUUAAAAACAAAGCUGGAUUGUAUGCAUUACGCUUCUUACUUGGAGCAGCAGAGGCUGGAAUGUACCCUGGGAUGCUUAGUCUCUUAUGUUUCUGGUAUAGACCAGAUGAAAUCACCACGAGAAUGGCUUUUUUGGGUGUGUUGGGGUCUUUUUCCAAUAUUUUAACAGCAUUCAUUACUUAUGGUUUCAGUUUUGCGAGUGGCAGAGGAGGUUUAUCUGGUUGGCAAUGGGUUUUCCUCAUUGAAGGUAUUUUCACUGUGCUCUGCUCGUUUUUAAUUCUUUUCUAUUUACCUAAUUAUCCAGAUUCUGCAAUCAAUUGGCUGGAAGAAGAAGAAAAGGCUUACUUGUUGGCUAGAUUACCUCCACAAGCUCCUAAAUCAACAGAUGCAAAUUUAAGUUUACCAGAUAUCAAAAAGGCAUUACAACUUUCUACAACUUGGGCAUUCUCCUUUUUGAAAUUAUUUCAAAGUUUAGGAACAUACGGGUUGGCAUUUUGGUUGCCUUCAAUUAUACAAGAUAGCAGCUCCACAAACUGCACCUCUUCUAAGGCUUAUUUUCCUCCAGGGUACCUUGUUUUUGCAUCUUUGGUAGUUUCAUUGAUUUCAUUUAUUAUUUUGACAACAGUUCAAUUGAAACCAGUACUUUAUGCAUUCAUCAUAAUAGCAACUCUCUCAUCUGCUGCUGAUGGUUCAGUUCUGAGUUCCUGGAUGACCCAUACUUUAGAAGGGUCUUCUCAAAUUGGGUUUGCGUUUGCAUUUUCAAACUCACUGGCUCAAUUAGGUGGUAUAAUUGGUCCUCAAAUUUUUAGAGCUCGCUACGCUCCUAGAUAUACUGUCCCAUAUGCUGUUUGUUUAACAUUUAUUGGGCUUGCAAUGAUUAUUGUUACAUUUAUUUGGUUGAAAACUAAAAACGUUACUUACAAAUUGAUGAGAGAAAGAAGACAAAGAUUGAAAGAGCGUAGCGUCGAUCCAAAUGAAAAGCCAGUAUACAACCAUGAAGUUAGUGAAUUAACUGAGUUCAAAUAA